CACGUCUUUCACACCUUUUUGUGUGUCUCGCCGCUGUGGUUAUCAGCCAUAAUGCCUGAAAUUAUAGACCUGACGUUGACUCCGCCACCACCAGAGACUAUCGAAAUAUUGUCCGACGGGGAAAUACCUAUGGGCUCUCUCAACCAGGAAGAUUCUUCCUUACAAAAGACAAAGCGGAUGCCGCGAAAACGGAGAAAGUCCAAAGGCCUUACACGCGAUGGCGUUGACAGCUCAAGAAACCAGUCUCUUGAGCGUCAAAGUACUGCAGAUUCUCGCGCCGGAACUGUUUCUCGAAGGCGAUCGGCGUCUCCAAAGCGUCGCUCACCAGCUCCAGUAAUUUCUGACCAGGAACUGUUCUUCUUUGAUGCCGCCCCUGCUCCUGUGGUCACAGAGCCUAUGCAAAGUUCAAAUUCCCAACCGGAGAGCUCAAAAAGCGCAGCAGACCGACUUCUACUACCCUCUCAUGUGUCUGUUUUGAGCGGUGGCGAGGAUGGUGCAGUGCCGGUAGAAAUUAUUCCCCCACUGCCCGUAGAUUCUGAAGAGGAAGAUUACAUUGAAUAUCUUGAUUAUGAGGACAGGAAGGCACCCGGACUUGUUCGUUAUUUUGACGCGGAAGGAGAGGAGGCUGCCCAUGCUAAACCAUCACGCUUUGUAUGCAAGAAUUGUGGUGCAGAGGGCGAGCAUAAGACGUAUGAAUGUCCGAUUCAAGUGUGUCUGACUUGUGGUGCUCGUGACGAACAUUCAACGCGGAGCUGUCCUAUCAGCAAGACUUGCUAUACUUGCGGGAUGAAAGGUCACAUUAACAAGGUAAACACGUACGUACUCUGCCACACGCAAUCUCACGGAUUUCAGACCUGCCCAAAUCGUUUCUCGCGUUCAAGACCCGCAGCAGAUGGUUGCGACCGAUGCGGAUCGCAAGCUCACAAGAUGAAUGAAUGUCCUACGCUUUGGAGAAUAUACCAGUACGUUACCGACGAUGACCGUGUUAAAAUCACGCAGACCAGGGAGGAAAAGAAGAAACUUGCACUCGGAAGUGGAGGCGAGGGUUACAUCACAUCGGAGCCAUGUUGUUAUAACUGCGGAAAUCCAGGACACCUGGGAGACGAUUGCGAUGAGGUCGCUUUCGUCUUUGACAUACCCGCUGAGCCUUCAGCUUUCAGCUCGCACAAUAUCAUGUCUGGGCCAUUCUAUGACCCGGCAUCCGAGCCCGUCCGCAUUCGCCGUGGGCCACGAGAGUUGCAAAACGAAGAAGACAGGCCUGCCUUACGUGAGGACUGGGGUGAAGAUGCACCUCUAAAUGUUGGAAAACAAGGGAAGAACAAAGACAAGGAAAAGAUGGCAAAGAGGUUCAGAGAUCAAGAAGAUGAUGACACAGGGGACUGGUUCAACAAUCCUCGUAACAUGAAGAACCGUGGCAAUGAAAACCCUGCGUCAAACGGUCGAAAGGCUAUAAAAUUCGGCAGUUCGAUGAAGGACGUCGGGCGCCAGUUUAUGCCACCCCAAUCCACGCCACCUCAAAAACGUCUUAUUGAUCGAUUAGAAGACAAUCCUCACCGUGGUCAUCGACGGCGGAACGGUGACCACUACGCUCCAUCAAAGGAACCAGAGUCCUACCGCAUCCGUGGAGCGUCAAAUAAUUCUAGAGACCGGGAUGGUGAGUAUUCUCGUAGGUAUUCAGAUCGUGGUCGAGAAGGGCAGCGACGAGAUUCGCGAGAGUGGGACAGGGACCGGGGACAUGCAUCGGGGGGUGGACCCAGGUAUAAAGGUGGUUACAAUAGAUGAUUUCAACUCUGAGGUCGAGCUUGCCUCGUUUUGGGAGUCAGAUUGUAUACUAGGGCCACUGUCACUGCACACAUGUACGUGGGGACGGCGUCUCUAGUGAACAAUCAGAUCCUACUAGUACUUAGGUUCAGGUCCUUACCGUGAUGCUGUCUGUUAUAUAUGCUUCAUUGAUAUCCAACAUUACACUGGUGCUUACCCUCACUGGCUGAGC